AUGGAAGAAGAACUUGAAAAAGAUUCGUUGACACAUCUUUUUCAAGUCUAUGUUAGAAUUAACAAAGAAGAGGAUUGUCACGAGGAGGAGGCCAGAAACAUUUUCCAUGAGAUGGAAGCUAAUCAUAACGAGAAUCUCUAUAAUGAAAGGGGAAAGGAAAUUGCAAAUACCACAAAAAUUGCAACUGUUGAUGAGAAUGGUAGUAAAGAAAAGCAUUUCCAGCAAUUAUUUAAUAUUAUGGGACAAAUGGGGUAUGAUGAGAAGAAAUUGCAGCAUGUCGGAUAUGGAAUGGUCAAGGCUACAAAAGUAAUGCUGGAUCUGAUAAACGAGAAGGACAAUGAUAUUCAGAACAAAGAGACAAGAGAGGAAAGACUCAAAAAGGACAGGCCAUUGGGCCUACUUUACAGUAUACUCAUUGUAGAUUACGUACUCCUGUGGUAUGAACAUGUCAUUCAGCUUACCCUUAUGGACUUCGAACCCUCAAGAAUUGUUCUUUACUUGGCUGAUAUGAAUCAAAUGCAGCCAUUUUACAGAGUGGGAAAUGGUGUAUUGUUGGAAAUGAGCAGGAUGCUUUAA